AUGAGUAAGUUGAGAACUGCGAUAGAGAUGCCUAACCUUCUACAUGAACUCAAGCUCAAUAUAUUUUCCAGACUCCCCGUGAAGGCUCUAUGCGUCUGCAAGUGUGUAUGCAAAGAGUGGUUGAAUACCAUCUCAGAUCCUUAUUUCUUAAGGUUACACCUGGAGAGAUCAAUGAGCAAUCGUCAGUUGCUCUUACUCAAUCAAUCUUCUGAUGAUGUCAAUGACAACAUGACUAAGCGGCAAAUCGUUCGCUUCUUCUCUGCAAGCAUGGAGGGUGACAUCCAAUUUCGAACUAUUGGCUUUGUUGGUGGUUAUGUUCACAUGAUACCCUCCGGCCAUGGCUUGAUCUGUCUUGUUAACAAAGGGAAUUUCUACAUCUUCAAUCCCGGUAUGAAGAAGGCUAUAAAACUUCCCAAGCCAAAACCUUCAACCUGUAAGGGAAUCGAUGGAGGAUUCGGCUAUAAUCCAUCCACAAAUGAAUACAAACUGGUUCAUUUGUAUGAUGAAAAUGAAGAUGAAUUUUCAUACUCAAUUAAAUGUGAGAUUUUCACUCUAUCAGAAGGCAGCGGAACUAGUUCUUCAUGGAAGCAAAUCGAGAAACAAUGCCCUUUCAUCGUUCGUGGUUGGGGAGUUCUGGCCAACAACAAGUUCUACUGGAUGGUAUGGGAGGGAUGUCACCCUUUACUGAAAGAACUAAUCGUCUCGCUUGAUUUGGAAACAGAAACAUUUGAUUUCAUUCCUCAUCCACAUGUGAUUUCAUAUGUUAGAGGUAAUGACAUGUUUUUGGUUGAAGUACAAGGGCAGCUGUGUUUGAUCGACACUUUUGCACAUCCUCCAGUGACUCAUGUAUGGAUGCUGAAGGAUCCAGUGAAGAAGAUAUGGGUGAAACAAUGCUCUAUUGAUUUGACUAAACUGGAAGGAUUUAACAAUGGGCCGAUGCAAAUCUUUGUUCUAGGGCAUCAGAAUGAAGAACUUGUUAUUAGUACUCAGCAAGAGAGGCUGAAUUUCUUCAACAUCCGAACUAAAGUACUUAGAAGAAGUGCAAAUCUGAGUUUGGAAAGGGAAAGUGGGUUAUGUUUAUACACUGAUACCUUCUUCUCAUUGGGGUAG